UAUUCCUGUUUCCUGUGCGCGUGUUCUCUCUCUUUCUAUCCUGGUAAUCAGUCAUGGCGUCUCGCAGGGAAACCAGCACAGCGGCUGCAGUCAUCGAAAAUGCCGUGAAACAAGUACAGAUAGACGGACUGGUGGUGCUGAAGAUCAUUAAACAUUAUCAAGAGGAAGGACAUGGGAGCGAAGUCGUGCAGGGUGUGCUGCUGGGUCUAGUGGUCGAUGACCGCCUUGAGAUCACAAACUGCUUCCCUUUCCCACAACACACAGAAGAUGAUGCAGAUUUCGAUGAAGUUCAGUACCAGAUGGAAAUGAUGAGAAGUUUGCGUCACGUCAAUAUCGAUCACCUCCAUGUUGGUUGGUACCAAUCCACAUACUAUGGUACUUUUGUCAGCCGUGCCCUGCUGGAUUCUCAGUUCAGCUACCAGCAUGCCAUCGAAGAGUCUGUGGUUCUCAUUUACGACCCGAUUAAAACUGCGCAAGGCUCCCUCUCGCUGAAGGCUUAUCGACUAACACCCAAAUUGAUGGAAGUCUGUAAGGAAAAGGACUUCUCCGCAGAAGGAUUGAAAAAGGCAAACAUUGCAUUUGAGCACAUGUUUGAAGAAGUUCCGAUUGUUAUUAAGAACUCUCAUCUCAUCAAUGUUCUUAACUGGGAACUGGAUAAAAAAGCACCAUUAACUGAAAAACAUGAACUGCUAAGCUUGUCCAGCAGUAAUCAUCUAGAGAAAAGUCUUCAGCUUCUGAUGGACAGAGUAGAUGAAAUGAGCCAGGAUAUUGUAAAAUUCAACACGUAUUUGAGGAAUGCAAGCAAGCAGACUCAGCAAAAGCAUCAGUAUGUGCAGAGAAGGCAGCAAGAGAAUCUUCAGCGCCAGAGCCGCGGAGAACCCCCACUUCCUGAAGAGGAUGUCACCAAGCUUUUCAAGCCGCCUCUACCCCCUCCAAGAAUGGAUUCCCUUCUUAUUGCAGGUCAAAUUAACACUUAUAUCCAGAACAUCAAAGAGUUCACCUCUCAAAACCUGGGCAAGCUUUUCAUGGCUGAAGCAUUACAAGAACAAGCCAACUAAAUCUAUUGUUAUAAAACGAAGACUUUCAGGAAAAUAAAGAGUCUUAUCAGUCUAUAGUUAUGUUGAAAAAUAAAACUACAUUUUAACUUUAA